AUGGCGCCGCUCCCGCAUCUCCUCAACGCGCUGCUCCGCCGCGGCGCCUCACCCGAUGGCAAUGGAGUGACUUCUGCAACCUCCAGCAUGAAGGCUACAGUUCACGAGGUUGUCAAGCGCUCAACUAAAUCACCCGACUUCGGCUCAGGCUCGCGCCCGGCAAGCGACUUCAACAACCAGGGCUUCCUCGCCUUGUUCGCGCUGAUCGGCGCCGGCAUGGUCAUCGGCUCCAUCUGGUUCUUCUUCUGGGCCAAGAACGGCGGCUUCAAAUGGCGUAAAGGCGACUGGGACGACUACAAGAGCACUGUCCUGCGUCGCAAGGGUCCCGAUGGCCGCACGCUGUCCAACGCUACCAAGAGCACCAGACUGGGCGGCGGCAGCGUCGUGCACGGCGGCAGCUAUGGCGCCCCGACCAGCGUCGGCUACAGUGACAGCACCUCGGUGGUCGACGAGAAGGAAGAACAGCAACGCAGAGCCGGCGAAGGUAUCAGAGGCGGUGAUGGCCGCAAGAAGCGCCGCAAGGACAGAGAUCCCGAGCUUGCAGACUACCGUCACGAAAGGGCCGCCCGCGUUGGUGGUCUCAACCGCGCUCACGACGGCAUGCACUACGACUACACCAACACCGAGCCUUCUGAACUCGGCUCCGAGCUGUCGCAACGCCCGCUCGUCAAGGAAACCAAGCCCAAAGACAAGAAGGCCGUCAAGAAGGAAGCCGAAGCACGCGAAAAGGAGCUCCGCAAGGCCCAGAAGGAAGCCGCCAAAGUCCAGAAGGCCAAAUUGGCCGAGAACAAGAAGCGCGAGAAGGCCAAGGCCAAGGAGAUGAAGAAGAACAAGGGCAAGACCGACCGCUCCUACUCUCCCACCGCGCCCGACUCGCCCGAGCGCGGCCACCGCCGCUACGAUGAUGAAUACACCGAGUACACUGAAGCGACGAGCUACACGGGCGGCUACACGGCAACCGAGGAUGCGUACACGGAUGUCUACACCAACAACGACUCCUACUACUCGUCUUACCGCCCCAAUGCUGAGGCUAACAUUGCCCGCCCCACGCCUGCCGCGCGCUCCUACGACACGCCCUCGUCGUCGCCGCGCCACCAACGCAACUCGUCGCGCCGCAGCCAGUCUCACACGCGCCGCAGCAGCAGCACCCCGCGCAGGCAGGGCGGCAGCAGCAGCCGCCACCACAGCCGCUCCCGCCACGGCUCGCGCCACGAACUCGGCAGCAGCACUACGGACUCCGACACUGGCACCAAGAUCUACAGCCACCACAUCCCCGGCCUGAGCGGCCCUGCCGCGCCUCCGACCAUCCUGCCCGACGAGAGUAUCAGCCAGGUCGGCGCCCCCGGUCGCAGGGGCCGCAACGUCAUGGACGGUUACAGGAGGAGCGGUAUGCGCACCAGGAGGGAUAGCCUGAGCGAUUCUGAGUAG